UUCCGAAAGUGUCAAAAUUUGCACGCACGUGUUUACAUAUUUUAUUUGGAAUUGAACCGCAGUUUUAAUUUAAUACACGUUACCAGUACGAAAUUAAGUCGUUUAAAGUUAUAAUGAAUGGAGAAAACAAUCAAGUUGGGCGCACUAAGACCCACAAUGUGCGUUUUUACAACCUCUCGCCGCGGUCUAUACAAAGCAUGGCCUAUAACUACCUAUUUCAUAAACUAGCAGUCUCACGGAAUGAUGGAUCUAUCGAAAUAUGGGACAUGCAAUAUUUGCCCUAUUUGGAAAAAGUUAUACCGAAGUCUCCUGGAAAUUCAGUAGAGGGUAUGGCUUGGAGUGGUGAGCGUUUGUUCUCUGCGGGUCUUACCGGCGAGUUAAUUGAAUGGGAUUUGCAGUUGCUCAAACCCCGACGUAAACAGUUUGUUACAGGCAAUGCUAUUUGGUGCAUAGACAUAAACACAGUCGGCACUGAAUUGGCUGUUGGUACCGAAGAGGGUUACAUUAAUAUUUUUCAAAUAGAUAAUGAUCAGAUGCAAUACAAAAAUCUGUUUGAUAAGCAAGAGGGGCGUGUGCUUUGCUGCAAAUUUGACCGCACAGGUGAAUUUUUGGUAACUGGUUCGUUGGGCGCCAUACGCAUAUGGGAUGUGAAGAGCGGCCAUGCGUUGCACAAAAUGUCUGUUGCGCGAGCUGAAAGGAAAAAGGAAGUGAUAGUGUGGUCACUGCACGUACUAAGUGAUUUUACUAUAAUCUCUGGCGAUUCACGUGGCCAAGUUACAGUGUGGGAUGGGAAAAUGGCAGCCCAAUUAGAAUCUCAUCAGGUGCUUAAAGCUGAUGUCCUUACGGUUGCUAUAAAUGAAGAAGAAAAUAUGCUAAUGUGUUCAGGAAUUGAGCCAAUAAUUAGGAUCUAUGCUAAAACUAAAAUAAAACGCGAGGAAAUCGAGUACAAUUGUUGGGUCAAAUAUCUGCAGCGAAAUGUGCAUGACAACGAUGUGAAGGCGCUGAUAUGUGCAGGUGAUCGCAUAUUCUCUGGAGGUAUGGACGGAUACCUAGGAGUUUCCUUAAUGAGCAAACGUGUCUCUACAAUUGCUAAAUUUGGCCCUUUCUUAAAGAAUCCGUGUACUGUUGUGUCACCCAUUAGCCGCCUGUUACUACUUCGCUAUACCAAUUAUCUUGAAAUUUGGCGUCUCGGAUCUACUGAUGGCAGACCACAGUUAGAAGAACCUGUAGAUGAUGCGACUAAUAGUAAUUUAAAACCCAAAAAUAAAUCAACUGAGCGCAAGCUACUUGCUUUGAAUACUGCACCCGAGAAGCUAUUAGAAUUCAAAACCAAAAGUGAAGAGCCCAUAGUUUGCGCCACAAUCUCACCUGAUGGUCAAUGGUUGUGCUAUUCGACUCAGAAGCACAUCAGACUUUUCCGGUUCGUACCAGCAGUGCAGGGUAAAAAUAGCACGCAACUUGCUCGCAUCAAAGGCCUUCCUGAACAGUUCGUUGUUGCCUCUAAUCUAACAUUCAGCAGCGAUUCUAAACGUUUAUUCCUCGUGCAACCUAACACUCGUCAAAUACAUGUAUUUUCCGUGGUCAACAAUGGCAGCACUGAUUUGGAUUUCAUUGAAAGCAUUGAAACCAGCAAACACAUAAAGGACGUCAUUAACCUAUUGGCUGUGUCUGAGUGCGGUACAUACUUAGUGGUGGCAGGCACUGAUCGAACUAUCGCUGUGUGGAGCAUAUUCCAGGGCAAGCAUUUCAAACACCAUCUCAAUAUGCCACGCUACUCGGCUAUUACUACUGCGUUGGCUAUUCACGCAAAAGAGCCACGCCUCGUAGCUGCAUUUUCCGAUGGCAAAAUCAUUGAAUAUGAUCUGGAAGAGAUGUGCUUUACUUGUUCGGAGCAGGAAUAUUUUGUGGAGAAUGCAGAAACGCAUUGCGUGUCAAAUGUGUUAUUAGAUAGCCGCAAUCCCAAUCAUUUUAUUCUGCACAAUGACGCUUAUUUAUAUGUGCUGGAGAAAACUGCGGGGGAGCACGGGCAGGAUGAAAAUGCUUUGGAUACGCCGAAUAAAAACGUUGGGAAAAAGGUGAAGCGUGUUAUUAGUGACAGCAAAGUUUGUGGCCUACGUUUGAAAUUUAAAAAAUCUUUCGAGCAUUUGAUAUCGCUUUGUUGGCUUAGCUCGGACGAAUUAGUAGCAGUCGGUGUUAAUCCAGUGACGUUAAUAGAACAACUGCCGGACGUUUUUAAGCAAAAGAAAUUCGGCGCCUGUUAGUUUAAAAAUGUAUAUAAAGUAAAAUAUUUAAUUUCUUAAUUUAAGAAAUAUAAUUUGUUUUAUUGUCAAAUGUAUAGUUAAGUCCACUAGUUAAAUUAAGGCAAAACAAAUACAUAUGUAUCUGUGGUGUCAGCUACAUAAAAAUUAGUACCUCAAAAAAGCUUUACCUUCAAGUUUUUUAAAUUUUUGAAAAUUGUAUCAAGCUUGAAAAGCAAAAAUUCGGAGCUGGUAGCUGCUAUAAUUGAAAUAAUCAAACAUGGACACUAGAA